AUGCGUGGACAAGACGAUGACGGACAGGCCAUAAAUCCCGUCUUUCCUGGUAAAACACAACUCAGAUGGCUCCAUUUUGUCCGACUCCGGUCUUUUGGCGAAACAUCACGACAUCUACGCCGGAAAUCCUGGAAAAUGUCACUGGCAACGAUCCUAUACGGGAGUUCUGGCGGCAACUAUUUCCAGCUCCAGUUGUUUACUGACACAGCACCUCAACGUUGGGCUCUCCAGAGACAUCUGAUGAAACGUCUGAUGAGCACCCGGACAUGCAUCAAAAUAGCACGAUAUCUGCCAAGGGGAGUUAAAUCUGCCCCUACCUCACCCUCGAUCGGGAUACUGGUAAAGCCAAUGGUAUCGAUUCACUCGAGAUACGUGCAUUCAUCUCAUCACGAAGAUUGCGUCGUUCUUGAAUGGCCACGAAAUGACUGCUCAACCUCAGUUGGACUGACUUUCGAAAUACUAUCCUCUCCAGACACUUUCACGUUGUUGGCCAGAGGACCCUGGUGUCUCGCAGGCCUUUUAAAUUUGGCAGGGGAGAGACAUAGAGAAAUCUCGGCAUUCCUUCUCAUCAGCCAAAAAUUGUUUUGA